GCUGUAGUUGCAGCGUCGCCGGCGCGGCCGCCAUUGUCCGGCGGGCUGAGAGUCCGGCGGUUCGUGUGGCGUGGGUGGCUUUCGGAUUCAGAGUCGCCGCGGGCGGCUGUUCUCGACCUGUCGGCCCAGGAUGGACCCGGAGGAGGAAGCGGCUGCACUGGCGAUGGCUACGGAGCCGCCGGCGGAACGGCUUCAGGAGCCGGUGACCUUCCGGGACGUGGCCGUGGACUUCACCCAGGAGGAGUGGGGGCAGCUGGGGCCUGCUCAGAGGACGCUGUACCGUGAUGUGAUGCUGGAGACCUUUGGGCACUUGCUUUCUGUGGGGCCUGAGCUUCCCAAACCUGAAGUCAUCUCCCAGCUGGAGCAAGGGGCUGAGCUGUGGGUGGCAGAGAGAGAACUUGCCCAGGGCUGCUGUCCAGGCUGGGAGCCUGGACCUGAAGGCCGAGCGCCACCCCGGGAGCAGGGCCUUCCUGACGAGAAGGGAGAGGAAGGCCUCCUGAUGGAGGCUCCGUGUCCCACCACCCCUGGGGAAGAUGCGGGGUGUGAGGGCCAGGUCCCCGAAGUACCAGAGACAGACCAGGGUCAUUUGAGGCAAUUGGAAUUCAGCCUCAAGGAAGGACCAGUUCGAGAUGGAAGCCACGAAAGCAUCCGACUCGGGGAAGACUGUGUGGUGAGUUCAGACCUGCACCCAUUCCCAGAGAUCUCUGGGGCAGGAUACUUGUGGACCCAUGACUCACAGGCUCCCAGCUCGGAACAGAACUCCAGCUCAGCGGGUCAGCAGACGGGCUCAGGACAACAGCUGGGUGAUGGCAGUGACUGUGGCAAAGCCCCGGGGCCGACUGUUCCCGGGCCAGAGCCCGUGCGCAGCCAGGCUCAGGAUAAACCCUACAAGUGUGCUGACUGCGGGAAGUCCUUCAACCACAACGCGCACCUCACGGUGCACAAGAGGAUCCACACGGGAGAGAGGCCGUACAUGUGCAAGGAGUGCGGGAAGGCCUUCAGCCAGAACUCCUCCCUGGUCCAGCACGAGCGCAUCCACACGGGUGACAAGCCCUACAAGUGCGCCGAGUGCGGCAAGUCUUUCUGCCACAGCACUCACCUCACGGUCCACCGGAGGAUCCACACCGGGGAGAAGCCCUACGAGUGUCAGGACUGCGGGCGCGCCUUCAACCAGAACUCCUCCCUGGGCCGCCACCGGCGGACGCACACCGGGGAGAAGCCCUACGCCUGCAGCGUGUGCGGGAAGGCCUUCUCGCGGACCACCUGCCUGUUCCUGCACCUGAGGACUCACACUGAGGAGCGGCCCUAUGAGUGCAACCACUGCGGGAAGGGCUUCCGGCACAGCUCUUCCCUGGCCCAGCACCAGCGCAAGCACGUCGGGGAGAGGCUGGUCUUUGAGCAGAUGCCGGCUCUCACGAAGCCUGAGUGGCCGGAACCCCUGGCCCCGGGUGAGAGGGCCCCCCGGAGCGACAGGCCCUUCAAGUGUGGCCAGUGUGGCAAGUGUUUCAGUCAGAGCUCGCACCUCAUCCGACACCAGAUCACGCACAGCCGGGAGGAGCCCCGCGGCCGAGGCCGGCGGCGCCAGCAGCCCCGUGGCCGGAGCCCGCACCUCAGCCGGCACCCGCUGGCACCCUCGGGCGAGAAUCCUGGGGGCGGGAUGAAGGCCGGACAGCCUGCUGGCCGAGCGCUUGCCCUGUUUGACAUCCAUGAAAUCAUGCAAGAGAAAAACCCAGUGCACGUUAUUGGGGUGGAAGAGCCUCCUGUGGGCACGUCUGUGCUAUUUGACAUCCGAGAAUCCACGUAGGGGAGAAACUGAGGAUGACUUUUGAAGCCCAGGUACAAAGAUGUGGUAAGUCCGCAUGGUGUGUUUACGGAAAGGGGGCUGGGGGUACAAGUGCCCUCGGGUUUCCUAAGGAAAUGAUGCUUUCCGAACACCUGGGGUCAGUGCCUCUGCAUUCUCUCAAGCCUGGUGCCCCCAACCUCUUGUUACCCUGAAAUGAAUUCACCGGUAAUGUAACCUACAUGUGUGUGAUGUCAAAAAAUCCACGAAUGGCCCCGUCUGUAAAGGAUAAUUAAAACAAAAGUAACUUCUGACAGGGUAAUGUGUGCUGAGUUGGUGUGGAGUCUGUCCCUGGGACUGGGCGGCCUCUGUGCCCAGAGGCCGGGGGCACCGCCUGUCAUUUGCCGUCAUACACGGUGUGGUGUCGGCCAGGAAACCCUAAAAGGGUCAUUCAUGUAUGGGUGUGAUUUUCCAGAGUGGUGACUAACUCUUCGAAAAGGUUUUGAGCAAGACAAAAUGCCAUUGCAUUUCUGGAAGAUUUUGUAUAACAUUCUAAACAUGCAGGAAUCAAUUUGUGUUUGUAUGUCAAUUAAUUUGUGUUUGAGGUCGAGCCAGGGUCUCAGUUCAUACAUUACCACCAGGUGGUUUCACACAUACAUAAACAGUCCACGGGGCCGGGGCCGCACUUCAGGGUCAUUAGAGCCUGUGUGGCAGCCACACUCACGCCCAAAUCGGGUGACAGAGAAGCCCCGGGAAAUUCCACAGCUUUUCAGGCUGUCACAGCUCCUGUUGAAAACCAUCGCCUUAGAACACCCAUGUUGCUGUGAGAUGGAGGAUCUCAGUCAUCGUGGUUUUGUUGCCUACGAGGCAUUUGGUGACGUCUGGACACAUUUUGGUUGUCAGGACUGGUGGAAGGGAGCUAUGCCACUGGCAUCCAAUGGGAGAGGCCAGAGAUGCGGCUGAACACCCACAAAGCUCCAGACAGCCCUCAACCAAGAGUCAUCGGCCCCGCAGUGGAGAAGCGACACCCAACACAACCGCUGACUUUCCUGACUCGAAAUUGAUGGAUCAGGGCUAGACUAACAGUCCUAUGCAUUUGACUUGAACAAAUGAUAUCAUUAAUGAAUGUACAGAAUGUUUUUCAGUAAUUUUUUUUUCAGUAUUUGGUGGCCUUUGUAGUUUGGUGUGAAGAAGGAAGAGAAUCCACUUAUUUUUCUGAGUAAUUAAAUUUUAGCAUUUUAUUUUGGACAUUCCAUGUGAAACGUGGAUAAUACAUUUUCACUGGCACCCCUACCUACCACAGGAUUAUUUUCACAGCAGCUCCAGAAAUCAAGUCAUUUCAUCCAUUUUUCUGAAUAUCUCUAAAAAGCAAGGACUUUCAAAAAUAUGUACGUAACUAUGCUGGUCCGUGGGGACAAAACCCUUUUGUAAUUGUGCUAAGACUUUGCCUUUUUCACCGUGUUGAUGUCUGCACUGACAGUGCAGAAGCACCGGCUGGGUAAACCUGCCAUGGCCUGAGGGAGUGGGAGUCGAGGAUGUGGCCCAGGGUCGGUGUUCGUAUUCUUCCUUCCCUGCAUUGCAGUAAAGGGGGGACAGUGCUGGUUUCUCAUAAGAAUGACCAUGAUGAAGCAGGAAAAAUUACUAAUUUUAUUAAAUCUCAAGUAAAACUACAUUACCGCUAUCACAUCUAAACAGAAACAACAAUUCCUCAGUUGCAGUUCCUCAAGCUGCAUCACCAAGCAGCUUGUGUUCCGGUGUUCCUGGUUGCCUUGUAAGUUUAGUUUUCUGUGUGGUUUCUUCUAAUUGUGAUCUAAAGAGAAACCACCCAGUGCCUUUGGUUGAUACUUUCCUUAGGUCUCUUUUAAUUUACAGGUCUCCCCUUUGUAGUUUUUUCUUCUGUGUUGGGGGAAACAGCAGGGUAACCUCACUUUUGUGCCCAUCCCAGGCCUGCCCCUCAGACCCUCCCAGCCUGGUGGACUGACUUCUGACUUGGCCUCCAGUCGCUGGGCUGUGCUGUGUGAUGCCCCCGUUCUGCUCUCACAAGCUGUCGGCCCCUUCCCAAGCGCAGCUCCCUUCUCCAUGGGGUCUCUGCUGGAAGACCUCUCUCUCAGCUGUCAACCCUGAGGAGGGCCAGACUUCUUAGAAAACGGCUGCUUUUUAUACAACACGGGACCGUCUCAUGUGAGCAUUUUCAUGUCCACUGUUGGAAACUUCGCCUGGGUCAUCUUUUUGCUUUCCUCCGGUUUUCCUCCUGAGGAAAGCAGAGCUUCCUGACCUUCGUCUCUGCUGUUCUUGACAUAAAGAAGAACAUUGUCUCCGUGGUGUGAUCCUUGCUAUCUAUAGCAUAAAGGAUGCAAAACCCAAGGAUUUUAACCUGCCUGCUCUCUAACCUAAAAUUAAAGACCUCAAGGACCGUCCGGAAAUGAAAUGUCCAGCCCACUGGGACUCUACGUCUGUGCUCCAGUUACUCACAACCGUUGCCUUUUCUUGUUUGUUCGCUGUUCCUGCUGCAGUUGCUGAAACUAGCAAAGUUAAACACAAACCAUAAACACCAGAAGUUGGGAGGAAAGAAAAUUGAAUAGGGCACAUCUCAGCUUGUAGAAAUUGUUCCUAAAAAUACCCUGCAGAAGGAACGUUGCAUUGGCCCAGCGUUGAAGGGAUUUCCCCCCAGAGAGGCGUGGCAGCACCUCUGGGAGCCAGGCCGGUGACUGAGCAUCGGCACUCAGCACUGGGUCACUGUGGCUGAGUGUUGGAACCCCACCUGGACUUGCGUGUCCAUUUCUGUUCUUUGGAUGCUGUGAGUGCCAUGGCCCCAGUGUCUGUUGUAGCAGAGCCGGCCUCUGGGAUGCUUGCAGCCUCAUGGCGUAUGUGCAGAGACUCCAUGAGACCCCGUCGAAGCUCCAGUUUCUCUGUGCUCUGUGCUCACCUUUCCUCAAGGCUUGUCCUCAUGGCUUUUCGCAUCAGCUCUCACUGUCACGGGAGCUCUGUCCUCAUAGCUUGGCCCGCACCAGCUCCUAUUUCGUGCUUAGCAGAUAACCUUCUGCUUACAUAGCUGAGAGGAGAUGUGUUUUCAGACGGUCCUGUGAUGUGUGUCAUUUUACACUUAAGGAAAACAAAGCACAGGACCAGUUACUGUCCCAAGGCUGCACGGCCAAGUAGUGGAGGUAGAAUCUGAAGUCAACGCCCAGUUAACAGUGGCUUAAACAAAUCAGGCUUUGUUCACAAGCUGUCUUCAGUGGCUCAGCUACGUCAGAAUCUGGGUUUUCUCGCAGCCUGUCCCUCAUGGUCAUGGGGAGGCUGCUGCCGCUCAGCUAUUGCAUCACAAUCCAGACUGGAGGAAGAGGGAGGCAGCAGUCAUUUCUUUGGCAAGGGUCAAAGAAAGGCCUUUCCCAGAAGCUCCUGGCAGAGGCCCACUUAUGUCUCACUGGCCAAGACUGGGUCCCAGGGCCUCCCUUAAUGAUGAGGGGUCUCAGAAAGCUCAUGUUCAGCUUUUCUAACCUCUGAGACAAAGACCUGUACAAAGAGGUCUCGGGAAGCGGGUGGAGAGGCAGAUCGCCGAACCUGCUGCCACAUUUCUGCUCCAGUCUCUUGGAGGGACCGCCAGUGCUCCCCAUUUUCUUCUCAGGGGCUGUGUCUUCAUCUCCCGGAUUGUCCAGCUGGCCGGGCCCCUUCCUUCCAAAGCUCAGCCCCCUGGCGUCCUGAAAUCUGCCCUCAUUCAGAGUCCUUCCAUCUCUCGAGGGGCUUCUUGCCCUCCCUGCCCCUCUUAAAUGUUGGGAUCCCUGGGGCGCUGUCCCCACACACCCCUCUGAUGUCCCCAUCCACACCUGUGGCUUUGUGUCACUCGCUCCCAGAUCUUGGUCUCUGAGCUUCAGCUCCCCCAAGAUGCCCCACAGACUCCGAACACACCACCAAUCCAGACGGAAAUGCCACUUUCCAGUCCAGACCUGUCCCUCCUCCCCCAGUCCCUUCCACAGGGUAUGUUACCAUCUGCCAUCCCACUCUUCAAGCCAGGAGUUGGAUGUCCUGUUGAUUUUACCAUCUAACCAUCUCAGCUACCUUCAUUUCAUUCCCUUCCCACUGCCAGCACUGGUGCAGGAUGGCCACGAGGGGGAAGUGACGUGACACCAAGUGGCCUGGGCACCAGAGCUCUCCCCGCUUUCCACUUUUCCUCCUCACUGUGCUGUCAGUGGUGAGUGCAGACUCAGAAUGUUCCAACUACCAGUGUGCCCUGGGGACGGGAGACCCGGCAGUAACUUUGUGGUUCUGGACAACUCGGGAAGCCAGCCUGCGAUUCCUGUCCCCACUCCACCUUGGCCCCCAGAACGGCAGUUGCCUAAGGGUCAUGUUCCCACAGUUCUCAGAAUGGACGCUGGGUGGCCUGAGGCUGCAGUGGCCUCACUGGGAAAGCUGGGGACAAGCUUGUCACCAUCGCCACUUGCCACCCACUCCUGUGCAGCCCAGAUCUUUGCACAUUUUCAUUUCUCAUUUCGGAUCAUGUUUUCUAGGCAUAAUAUUCCUACUGAUUUCCUUAUAAUACUUUGAAACUGAGUCAGAUAAGAAACCCCUCAGGGGAAAUUACUGUAAACUAGGGAAAAUACACGGUUUAAUCAGUUGAUAAAAGUAAUGCAAAUUCUUUGUAGCAAAACCUGGAAAAUACACAAAAGUAUGAAGAUUGAUUUAAAAUUUAAUUUCUCCUACUUCCACUAUCCAGAGAUGGUCAUUACCUUAAGAUUUUGUUAAUUUUUCUUAUAAUUGUUUUCUUGAAAUAUACACGUGUAUCUUAUACAUAACACCAAAAGUACUUAUAGUUACCUUGUGUUUAGAAAAUUGGAAUCUCUUCUAGUUCUCUUGAAACGUGCUUCUAACUAUAUUUUGAACAUUUUCCUCUGAAAAUGGGUUUCAUGUAGCUUUUUAAAUUACCUUUCAGGAGGAUUGUAGCAACGUGUCUUCCACCCGCCAUCUUCCCAGCCUUGGCUUUUAUCCAGAAGUGGGAGGAGGGUUCCAUACACAUUUCUGGGGGAGCAUGAAUUGAUACAGCCUCUGUGAAGGACACUUAGUUCGUUGCUGUCUAAAUCACAAACAUGGAAACCAGUUGUCUCGGCAAACCAGUUGCCGAUAGUGAACCCUACAGAUAUAUUUGUAUGCGUGCAGACUAUUUGUAUAUGGUAUUUGCUGUGGUAUCGAUAUCAAAAGUAAAAAUCUGGAAACAGCCUCAGUGUCCACCACAGGGAACUGGCUCAGUGAUUUCUGGUGGAGUGGAAAACUACACAGACUUUAAAAUGGGGACUGUCUUUAUGAACUCAUGUGGAAAAGAGCUCCAAGAAGCAUUGUUUAGUGAAAAGGUGUAAAAUAGUGUUUCCAUUUGUGUAAAGAGGAAACCAUCUUUACACACACACACAAGAUACCUGAGUGGUACAAACUAACCAGACAUCCUAGUUGCUCUUGGGGAAGAGAAAUGGGGAAGGGAUGAGGAAUGAUUAUCACUCUUUAUCUUUUGAUAUUUUUGGAAUUUUGAAACAUGUAGAAGUAUUAUUACCAAUUCAAAAAAUAAAUUUAAAUUAAAAACUCAA